UUAUAUAACACGGAGACAAAAACUUGGUUUUUUUAAUAGCGGGUAUAAUGUGACACGGAACCACAAUGUGACAAUUGAAAAGAAUGUACGUAAAUCAAAUUUAUAAUGGCUUUUUUUUUUUCCUUCCGCUUUGAAUUCGUUGGGACUUCUUCAUUUCCGUUUUUCCUUUUCCUGAUAGAAUUCGUUGAGCUUUUUUUCAUAUCUACUUUGGUAGAAUUUUCUGAACUCUUUUUUCUUCAUAGAAGAAAUCAUGGAUGUUCGUGUCGUUAUAUCCAUUGAUUUUGGGACAACAUAUUCUGGAUUCGCAUAUGCACAUAAAGUAAAUACCGAAAUUAUCACGAAUGAUACUUGGCCCGACCAAAUCGGUCCAUUAAAAACAAAUACAGUAUUACAAUAUGACAAAAAUUUUAAAAAUGUUGAAGAAUGGGGGUUUCCGGCGUUAGCUAAAAAACCAAAAAAAAGUAAAGGAAAAUCAAAAAAUCAGAAUGCUUCAAAACCGAUCGAGCAUUUUAAAUUACAUUUAGGUAAUAUGCCUGACAAUGAGAAACCUGUUAUGCCUAAAGGCAUAAAUUAUAGAAAAGCCAUCGUUGAUUAUUUGAAAUGUAUGGGAAAAUUAAUCAAGGAGACAAUAGGUACUCGAUGGCCAAAUGUAAAAUUCAUGGAUCAAGUUUUGAUCAUAUUAACAGUUCCUGCAGGAUUCUCCGAUCAAGCAAAGGCAAUAAUGAGGGAAUGUAUUUAUGAAGCAGGUUUAAUUAACACAAAAAGCUCCGAAAAAUUACAAUUUACUACUGAACGUGAGGCAGCUGCUGUAUAUUGCAUGAAAGUGCUAAAGGAGCAUAUUUUAGAUAUCGUGGGAAGUAUGUAUACCAACUUCUUAAUUGUUGAUUGCGGAGGUGGCACAGUGGAUUUAACCACGCGGCAAUUAUUGGAGAAUGAUAAAUUAGGAGAAAAAACUAUUAGAGCAUGUGGAUUUUGCGGAGGAGUUUAUGUUGACAAAAGUUUUCUUGCUUUUAUCGGAGGGAAAAUAGGACCUUCGGUUUUGACAUUGCUUCAAGAAAAUUAUUACGGACAACUACAAUAUAUGGUUCAGGAAUUUUGUAAAAAAGUAAAGUUGUUGUUUACAGGGAAUAAGGAAGAGUAUAAAUCUUUCGAUUUGGAUUUGGAAGAUGUUUGUCCAAUUAUAAAACAAUAUGUCACGGGUGAUAAAUUAGAACAAUUGGAAGAAGAUGAAUGGAUCAUAGAACUUAAAUUUGAAGAUGUUAAAAGAAUGUUUGAUCCUGUAAUUAACAAGAUUAUUAAAUUAAUACGUGAACAACUUAAUAAUAGUGGCACCAUUUCUGCUAUGUUCUUGGUCGGAGGUUUUAGUGAAUCCAAGUAUUUACAAAAAAGAAUUAGAGAAGAAUUUUCGAGUAAAGUCAAGAACAGUAAUAUUUCCGUACCAUCCCAACCAGUGGCUGCCAUUGUCAGAGGAGCGCUUGAAUAUGGUCUUAAUAUGAAGAAAAUUAAGUCCAGAAGGCUACCUUUAUCAUAUGGAAUCGAAUUGGCUCCACUAUGGAAACCUGGCGACCCACCGGAAAGACGUCAAACGCAUGAUAGAAUCUUUAAAUUCAGACGUUUAGUUGAAAGAGGUAUUGAAGUCGACACUGAUGAAGAAUUUGGAUUAGAAUUACACCCUAGUUACGCAAAUCAAACGGAACUUUCGAUAGAAGUAUAUUCUACGACCGCGAACGAAGCAACUUAUUGUGAUGAACCCGGGAUGAAAAAAGUCGGGGAAUUAAGAUUGGAUUUCCCGGAUCCACAUCUCGGAUUCCAGAGAACAAUAAAAUUCACUUUAACGUUUGGUCAAAUGGAAAUUCGUGCUUAUGCUAGAAAUCAGCAAGGAAAAUCAACAAAUGCAAUAUUUGAAUUUCUCAUUUAAAUAUUUUCCUUUGUAAAAUAUUAUUUAGAUCAAACAAUGUUUACAUUAUUAUCAGAUAAUUUAUUUAUAUAUAUAUAUGUAUGUGUUUUUUAAUCUUAAAUUAUUUAAUUUUUAAAUUCAUGCUGAUAUUAAACCUUUUGAAUCAAAAUUUAUAAAUUAUAUUUACAAGAAAAUUAGUAAAAGGAGCGAGCGGACUAAAAAAAGUUCGAAAUUGAAAAUGAUGUUAUCGUAAACAUAAAGAAUUAAAUAAAAGAGACAAUAUGCGCAUUAUUCGCGCAGCAGUUUAUAUAUUCUGUAAAUCUUUUCCUUUAUAGCUUUUUCAUGUAAAUAAAAGGCUUAUUCCUUCCUAGUAAGGACUGUGAUAAUGUCAAUAAAUUUUAUAAAUAGAGGUUCAUUUUGAAAAUUUUUUUUACGUAAUUUUUCAGAGUUAGUUAGUUAGGUAUAUUGUAAUAAUA